AUGAGUAUGGAGAGAGUCUUUGAUAUAAUAGACAGUGGGCUUGUGACUGUAAUAUUUAGUCAAAAUAGUCCUGUUAGUUCUGAAGACUUAAAUCUGGAAACUGUAGUAAUUACUAAUCCCAUUGAAGAAGGAUUGUGCUCUAGUCAAGACAAUCAUUUAUGCCCUGUACAUGUGGAAGAGACUUUGUUAGAUCACUUCAAGUAUCCACUUGCCAGUGAAAAUCAAGAUACAGUAAUAAAAGUUGAAGAACAGCCACAUGGAAAUAACAGCUGGAAUGAGGAUCUUGAAAAAUACAAGUAUUUAAAUCCUCCAGAAGAAACUGAACCUACACAUUCACCUUACCUGUCUUCAGAUGGUGUCCCUCUUCUUUCUUCUGUAGUGAUGCAGAAUAAAAAUCCCAGUGUUCCAACUUCAAACAUUUUCUCUCCUGAAGGAACAGCCAGUCAGAAUGUCAGAGAGGUACCAGUGUUCAGAUCAUUCAUACCUCCAGUUGCAGGUGAGAAUAAAGGUAUUUGAUCUGAUCAAUUUAAAGGAAUUUAAUAAAACAGUACUAUGCAGUUACAAAACUUGACAAAUUGCUUAAAUAAAUCUGCGAAUUAUAUCUAUGGCUUACCUCAGACUAGUGCUUCUGUCUAUGAUGAAACAGUUAUUGGCCAGCUGGAAGAAGGUACUCAAACACUCUGUAUAAACAGUUGUGCCACACAAGAACUAAAACCAGUCCAUCUGAUUUUAGAGUAUCACAAACAACAUAAUUAUCUUCAAUCAGAUGUGGACUAUACUGUAACAACUGCACUGGGCCAUAUUUCUCCUCUUCCGGGUGAACUGGUUCUAAAUGAGCAAAAGUGUGAAAAUGUACCUUUGCAACCAGUAGCUAGCACUGCCACAUUCGAUCUAGAAUCAGAUCUGCAUGGGCUAGUGAAAAUGACUUCAGAGGGCUUACCUUUUGGUCCAGGGGUUACAAAGUCUAAGAAACCAUGUAACUGCAUAAAAUCUCAGUGUCUUAAAUUAUAUUGUGAUUGCUUUGCCAAUGGUGAUUUUUGCAACAACUGCAACUGCAAGAACUGUUUCAACAAUCAACUUAAUGAAACUGAGAGAUUUAAAGCCAUUAAGGCAUGUCUUGAUAGAAAUCCAGCAGCUUUCUUGCCAAAGAUUGAGAAAAGGGAACUAAAAGAAAUUAAACCUCAUCAUAACAAAGGGUGCAAUUGCAAGCGCUCAGAAUGCCUUAAGAAUUACUGUGAGUGCUUCGAGGCUAGAAUUAUGUGUUCCUCUAUUUGCAAAUGUAUUGGUUGCAAAAAUUAUGAAGAAACUAUGGAUGAAAAAUCCCAGUCAAAUGUGCUAAACUACAUGGACUUUGGAAAUAAUGAAGAAAAUUGCCCAGUUUUAACAUCAACCUUCAAAAUGUUACCCAGAUCAAAGAAAGACAGGCAACCAGCUGUAUGUAUAUCUUGGGAAGAAGUGAAAGCAGUGUGUGCUUGUCUCCUGGUGCAAGCUCAAGAAGCAGAAAAACGAGAUUACCCUGUCUCUCUAGCUGAGCAGAUGAUCAUGGAGGAAUUUGGGAGAUGUUUAUCCCAGAUCCUGCGUGCAUAA